GGUUUCUCUACUAAAAAUAAAAUGUCUCCUUUACUUCUCUUGCUAGUGGUUGGCAUUUGCGCUGAGCAACUCUUCGAAAAACCAUAUUACGACUUAAGCGAUGCCCACAAACAUUUCAAAAACUUCGUUCAGAAACAUGGUAAAACAUACGAUCCGGAAGAAUACUCGAAAAGACUGGCGAUUUUCACUAAGAAUUUAGCAGAUAUCAAUGAACGCAAUGCCAUGUUUCCGCAAACCGUUUUUGACGUUACUCUGUUUGCUGAUCGGACACCAGAAGAAAUAAAAGCUGGUUAUGGUAUGAAAAUGCUUGGUGAAGAUAUAGAUAAAGUAGCGAUUGAGCUGCAUCUUAGUCCCGAGGAGAUCACGGCCCCAGAGCAGUGGGACUGGAGGGAUCAUGGGGCGGUCACUCACGUAAAAAAUCAAGGCGAGUGCGGUAGUUGCUGGAUCUUUAGCGCUACUGGAGUUAUUGAAGGCCAGUACGCCAUCAAACAUAAUAAGACCCUGGCCUUUUCUGAACAGCAGAGCUUGGACUGUAUAGUUCAGAAAGGAUGGCCAUCUAAUUGUGCAGGAGGAUUUCCUCACAUAGUCAUGGAUUACCACAAGAAAUUUGGCGUAGUACUAGAAAAAGAUUACCCGUAUACAGGACACGAAUCGACGUGCCAUGAAGACCCCGCAAAGGUCGUUAUCAAGGUCACGGGAUAUAGCAUCUACCAAAUUGCAGAUGAGGAUACAUUAAAACAGCUUGUAUAUGAAACGGGGCCUUUGUCAGUAGCUAUAGAUGAUAGCGACUUAGCUUUCCAUAAAAAAGGCAUAUUGUACCCCCAAAAGUGCAAGGAUGAUGUUACGCACGCUAUCUUGCUUGUUGGAUAUGGUAUAGAAAACGGCACUAAGUAUUGGAUUCUCAAGAACUCUUUCGGCAUUGAGAAUGGGGACCAGGGCUACUUCAAGCUGGUGCGGGGGAUCAAUGCUUGUUCUAUUGGAAAAACACAUGCAGAAACCUGUACUGUUGCUUAAUUAAUAAAA